UGCACCACAUAUUUCAUCAGUCUGCGCCAACCUUGUCAAGACCACCAGGAUGCCUGUGCGCGACUUCGCUCUGGGGGCGCUCUCGGGGGCGCUGCUCUCCGUGUUGGUGUCGCACGUAGUUCUCCCUCGUCUACAGACACGUCAGCUGCGCUCACAAGCGUCCCAUGGCACGGUGUACCUUGUGGGCGCCGGGCCAGGCGAUCCGGAGCUGCUCGCGCUUAAAGCUCGAAGACUUCUGGCCAGUGCGACCGUCGUGGUGGUGGACGACCUCGUAGGGCCUGAAGUGUACGCACUGAUCCCCAAGGACUGCGAGAUCAUCUACGUCGGCAAACGGGGCGGUAAGAAAGACUCAGCCAAGCAGGUGGACAUCGAUGCCAUCUUGGUGGACAAAUGUCGCGCUGGACACAUCGUCGUCCGUCUCAAAGGAGGCGACCCCAUGGUCUUUGGCCGUGUACACUCGGAGAUCCGCGCUCUAGUCCGAGCUGAGUGCAAAUUUCAAGUUGUUCCGGGCAUUUCCUCGGCUUUGGCGGUGCCUGCUAUUGCGAAUAUUCCGGUUACGCACAAGACACUAAGCACGAGCUUCGUGGUCAUCUCAGGCCACAAGCCGGCGGAGAUGGACUUUGCCACACUGGCCAAUGUGGAGACUAUUGUGUUGCUGAUGGCUACGCGCACUAUUGGAACGAUCUAUGAGAAUCUAAUUGAAAGCGGCAAGGACAAGGACACUCCGGUCGCGUUGAUUCAUUCAGGUACCAACCCUGACCAGGUAUUGCUGCUUGGAACACUAGAAAACAUCGCAGCGAAGACGGAGGGCAAGAAAUACUCGCCUGCGAUCAUCGUCAUUGGUCAAGUGGCCAAGUACGGGGACUUAAAGUCGUAUCUUGAGUCAGACGAUGAAUUAAUCAACACGGACGUGUAACCAACAAGUUUAAAACAUUUGGAACACUGAAAAAAUCACUUGAUUAAUUCCAAACAAUCCUUCCACGAGCUUAGCGACGCACAAUGUCCAGCAGCUCGACCUCGAACACCAGGUCGGCGUCAGGGGGGAUAACGCCGCCAGCGCCGGCCUCUCCGUAGCCCUUGGCCGACGGGAUGUUGAGCGUGGCCGUCAUGCCCUUGCUCAUGCGCAUAACGCCCUCGUCCCAGCCACGAAUGACUUGGCCGACGCCGAUCUGGAACUGGAAGGGCUGGCCACGGUCACGUGACGAGUCGAAGACCUUGCCGUCCUUAGCGAGUUUGCCAGUGUAGUGCAUGACCAUAGUAUCGCCACGAACGGGGAAAGUGACAUUGUCCCCCUCUUUAAUGACUUCGGGCAGCACCAGACGCUCGUCCACGUGCAGCUCCGAGUGCAGCUCGUGGUCCACCAACUCCAGCGUCACAGUCAGCGACUGGCCGGCGUACGGGUGGGCCAAGUCGAUGUCCAUUGACUCGUCUGUGAGCUUCACAAUGACCGCACGUUCACCGCCCGCAAGCUCCAACACUUGACCGACAGCGAGCAUCUCGCGCUCCUUCUCGGGCAGGUUCAUCUCCUUAAGCGGGACAGUCAAGAUCUGUUUAUCGGCUCCGAAGGCCUGCGCAGGCUCGAUUUCCACGGUUUUGGAUUCGCCCUUCUUCAUGCCCUGUACAGCGUCUUCCACACCGGGCAAGACUUGGCCACUGCCCACGAUGAACUUGAGUGGAGCGCCUUCCUGAGUCUUCGGCAGCGACUCACCACCGGACAGCUUGCCGUCCAUGUGCAGUGAUACGCGGUCGCCCAUUGCCACAACGCGACCUUCAGCCUGCGUGCUGAAUGUGGCAGCAGCGCUGAAGCGGAGCGACGGGAAUGCAACGCUCUGCAGAUUACGAGA